AUGUCAGAUUACGAGGAAGCGUUUAACGAUGGACCUGAACAUUUUGAAGACUUCGACAAUGAUCACUUCUCAGACGCAGAAGUCUACGAGGCACCAGAGGAGUUUAAAGAUGGUGAGACCAAAGACGAAAACGGUAAAACAAUCGUCGCUGGUGGCACAGGUUCUGAGGACUUCCAACAACAAGAAAGCAAUCGGAAGAGAACGUUGAAGGAGAAAGCUAUCCCAAAGGACGAGAGAAGUACUACACCAUACAUGACUAAAUAUGAAAGAGCUCGUAUCUUGGGCACUCGGGCUUUGCAAAUUUCCAUGAACGCGCCUGUGUUCGUUGAUCUCGAAGGUGAAACCGAUCCCUUGAGAAUCGCUAUGAAAGAACUGGCCGAAAAAAAAAUUCCUCUUGUGAUCAGAAGAUACCUACCUGAUGGCUCUUUUGAGGACUGGAGUGUGGAGGAGCUGAUUGUGGACCUAUGA